AUGGCUGGUUCAGAUACGACAGUCACUACAAUUGAAACAACUUCUGAGCCGACUACCGUCGACAGCACAACAAGUGAUGUGACUACCAUAGACAGCACAACAAGUGACACAACUACAGCUUCAGGGACAUCUGGAUCAACACCACGGUCAGAGAAUACCUUACUCAUUCAUUUCAUUAGCGAUCUGCAGUACAAUAUACUUCCUGUUGAUAGUGAAAUGGACCUAUGCCAGGUUACAACAGGAGUUAUAUCUGAAGAUUGCUUUGGAGGCUAUGGCCGGCUCGCUACAUACAUGAGUGACAAGAAAGCGGACACAGACAUCUGGUUGAAUGCUGGCAAUAUGUUGCAAGGCAGCCUGUUCAGUAUACUGAAGUUUGACCCCAUAGUUGAAGCUAUGAAUAGUCUUCAAUUUGAUGCUGUGGCAGCUGAACCUGGUAUGUUCAGAUAUGGUACAGAUGCAGCAGAGCAGAUUUAUAAGGAAGGUCUAAAAGAUGUACUGGUCCCCUUUAAUUACAAAGAGCAAUCUACAAAACAGAUACAAAAAAGUGGAUGCAAAAUUGCAUUUGUUGGAUUUAUUGAUAAGGAAAAGGCAGAUGCAAUGGGCGUCAAUGAUGUAACAUUACAAGAUGAAAUGGAGUACAUUAAAAAAGAAGUGGCAGCACUGGUGACAGGAGACAAUGACAUUAUAAUUUUAAUGGGGACUACAUCCAAUGGCAAGGCGUUGGAGAUGGCUAGUAUUGAAGGAGUAAAUUUGGUGAUAUACAGUGGUGCUGAGGCAGCAGAUUUCUCACCUGAUAGUAACUAUCUCUGGAAUGAUACUCAAAAAAGUAAUGGUGAAAAGGUUUACAUUGCAAGCCUGAAAAUUGAUGCUACAAAACCAGAAUCUUUCUUCACAGUGGGAGAAAUAUCUCUGACAGUCACUGAUGACUGCACAGUGUCUGAUGCAAUAUUUAAUAAUGUUUCAGACUAUGGGCAAGUGAAUAUCAGUGACUCAUUGUAUGACCAAACAGUCACCCUCCUGGAAGGUAUGCAGACAGCAGUUGCCAAAACGUCUGUCCCACUGACUGGAACUGACAAUGUAUGUCAGCUGGGAGAAUGUCUGCUGGGCAACUUGGUGGCUGAUGCAGUGAUGUCAGCAGUUUCAACAGCGGAAGAGAUCCCGGUAAUAUUUUCUGUUUUUCCGACAUGGACACUGUUCACAAAUGUUUCUUUAACAGGUAAUAUCAGUGUGGCUGAUAUAUAUGGGAUCUUUGAGAAUGAUUCUUACAUUUAUUCUGUAACGCUGAGUGGGCAACAACUGAAAGAAAUGUUUGAAGAGGCAGUGUCUGACUAUAGGUCACCCUCUGAACCGAUGAAAAAUUUCCUGCAAGUAUCUAAUUAUCUUCAUGCAACUUACAACCUGGAAAAUAAAGCAGGGGAAAGAGUGAAACAAAUACAAAUAUUUAAUAUUAGUGACCCUAGAGGAUUCAACACUGUGAAUUUUAAUGAUGCAACAAUUAGUUAUAAUGUAGCACUUCCAAAAUUUGUUCUGGAAGGAAAUAACUUCUCAUUUGUUAAGAGUGAAUCUUUGAAUCCUAAAUUUUAUAAGUUUACAUUCCUGGAUAGUUUGACUGACUACAUUUCAUGGAAAGGUUCACUUCAAAGCAGUGCUAUACCUGUUAUUCCAACAGUUGGUGAGAGAAUUAAAUUUUAUAAAGGAACAAGCAAUUCUGGAGAAACCUGCUAUAACAAUACAGGAGAGGUUGUAAUAAUUACUCUGGUAAUAAUUGUGGUAAUAGCUGGUGCAGGAUUUGCUGGCUGGAAGUUCCUGUACCCUAAAUAUAGAGCAAGGCGAGGAUCAAGGAUAGCACUGAUUAUGUGA